CUGAACGAGUGCGGACGCGUUUAAGGACCCAAACAGCCUUAGAAGAGCCUGUAAACAAACCCCAGAUAGUGUUGAUAGAGCUCUGUGUUCGCGAGUGCUGGUCCGUAUGUGUGAUUAGAUUAAAUUGGCAAUUGGCAACCGAUCUGUGGUAAAACCCUUUAAAUCAUGCCCGAAAUCGUGGAGCUUAAUGUGGGCGGCGUGAGCUACACGACCACAUUGGCCACUCUGCUGGCGGACAAGACCACGCUGCUGGCCGAGCUCUUCGGCGAGGGUCGCGAUUCGCUGGCCAAGGACAGCAAGGGUCGCUACUUCCUGGACCGCGACGGCGUCCUCUUCCGCUACAUCCUGGACUUCCUGCGCGACAAGGCGCUGCACCUGCCCGAGGGAUUCCGCGAGCGCCAGCGGCUGUUGCGCGAGGCGGAGCACUUCAAGCUGGCCGCCAUGCUGGAGUGCAUCCGCGGGGAGCGGGAUGCCCGGCCGCCGGGCUGCAUCACCAUCGGCUACCGUGGCAGCUUCCAGUUUGGCAAGGAUGGGCUGGCCGAUGUCAAGUUCCGAAAGUUAUCGCGCAUCCUGGUCUGCGGACGUGUGGCCCAGUGCCGUGAGGUCUUUGGGGACACUCUCAAUGAGUCGCGGGAUCCCGAUCAUGGCGGUACGGAUCGGUACACCUCGAGAUUCUUCCUGAAGCACUGCUACAUCGAGCAGGCCUUCGAUAAUCUGCACGAUCAUGGUUACCGCCUGGCCGGAAGCUGCGGAUCCGGAACCGCCGGCUCGGCGGCGGAACCCAAACCGGGUGUGGACACGGAGGAGAAUCGCUGGAACCACUACAACGAGUUCGUCUUCAUCCGGGAUUAGGGAACUACGACUUGAAGGCACCCUACCCAGGCACCCCAGCUCUGUAUCGUUAUUUUUCAUUUGUGCGGAACUCAUUUCGACAUAAGCCCCCUUUGCCAUACCCAUCAGUAUUCCACGGAUUAACCUUUAUUAAUGGCCGAGACAAGGAGGCCGCACAGAAUUCAAUGGCUUGAGUUUCAACCCACCUCUUGAUAUACAAAUGGGAACAUUUCAAAUGUACAAUUGAACUAACAAUCCACACUUAAGUCUAGAAAAUUGUUGACAUACAUAGGUAACUUAAUGAGCGAGUGUGUAUUUAAUUAUUUGCUUUACGUUUAUCUAUAAAUCACGGUGGGCCCCCAUAAAUUGGAUAUUACAAGCAGCUCUUUGAUGAAUGAAAAUGAAUUCGGAUUUACUGGCUGACAACAAGUGAAAACAAUUUGGCAAGUGCAGAUAAGAAAAUAACAAAAUACCAAAAACAAUGCCAACAUUUUAUUAGCCCCAACUUUUGUUGAUGCAGUGCAGUGUAAACAAGAUGAGAGGAAGACAUUAAACAGAUCAAAUCCAAUGAAAUAAACUCAAACGAGGCAAGGGUAACCUCGCCAGCUGGAUAAACGUAUUUGUGGUCAAUCAAUCACACUGAAAUCACACUGAACAAUUUGAAAUACGGGUUACUCUUUGAAAAUUAACGAAAUAUUGUAGCAACAGAUACCACAAGCAAACAACUCAAGCAAAUGCUAAAUCUAAAGUUUUAUUAGUCUAAUAAAAGUCGAAACUUGAAGUAAAGAAAAUACAAAUAGCGAAAUAGGAUAAUGGCGAACAACAUGUGGCCCCAAAUAUAUGUUGACCGAAGCUGAAAAGCAGCCUGCAAUCCAUAAAACUCAAACACAAAUCGAUAUUAGAGAAGUACAUUUACUAUACAAAUACGAAUACAAACCAAACAACGGCUGUCAUAAGAUAUGCCCAUUUUGCAAUAACUCUUGAAUCGUUUCCGAUUCUAAAAAAUGGCUUGGGACAAGCAUAUGGCCGGAUUUGUAGGCCACGUUUGGCCAGGCAUUUUUUGAAGGAGCGAUAAAACCUAGAAUCCUGGCGCAACAAUUGGAAAUGAUUUAAUAGUGCAUUUUAGAAAAUAGCUGAGCCACUCAUAAAAUACACCCCCUUCAUCUGUCAGAAAAGCAAUCAUCAUUUACCACUCAU